GCAAAAUGGCGGAGCAGAACAACUUCCGGUUCGAGCGAGAAAACGACAAAUAAGGGAAAUAGCUGUCUUCAUCCAAUAUUUUAAGGAAGUGUCUCGGUUCAGGCUGAAUGCUGUGUUUUAGUUUUAACGGGAAGGUUUUGGCUACAAUGGAGACAAAUGUGUUCGGGGACUCGUCGCGCUCUGUGAAAUGAUGCUGUCACGAUGCUGUGGGUUGUGCUGUACGUUCAACUCGUCGUCCAAGUUCUGUCUGAGGCGCCACUGGCUCCACCACAGAACGUCAGUGUUGAUAAGUGGCUACUGACGUGGACUCCUACCACCCAGGAGAAAGACGUCACCUACACCGUUCAGUACCGCAGCUUUGACUCCAGUGAGUGGAAGGACAUACCAGCCUGCACCCAGAUAUCUAGGGAUUCCUGUGAUGUCGCUUCAGCCAAAGCUAACGGCAAAUUUGGCUGUGUUAGACUGCGUGUGCGAGCAGAGAGACGUCUGCUGACCUCGAGCCCAGCUGAAGCCUGUAGCAGACAUGGUGAUGCAUGUACUCCUGAAGUCAGUCUGACUGCACGGCCUGGCUCCCUGACUGUACAUUUAUAUAGGAACCACGGUUUGGCUCAGGAAUAUGGGAACCAUGCAUUACACAGGGUUUACUAUGGCAAGGAAGGGGAGUCCCUGGAGCAGAACCUUGAAGAUACUUCCUCUUCAGUGUCCUUACAUGAGCUGCAGAAGGGACAGCGUUACUGUACAAAGGUGCAGUAUAUCUUCUUCAGUACACCUGUUGGACUACCCAGCUGUACCCAGUGUGAGCUCAUCCCCAGGACUGACCCAAAACAAACAGAGGUGAUAGUAGCUGUGUUGGCGGUCCUCUUCCUGGUCACUCUGAUCCCUGUGAUAGGAUACUUCCUCAUCUGCCAACGUGGGAGAAUCAAACAGUGGCUGCGGCCUUAUGAGAUCUCAAUUGAUUUCAUCCUCGAGCCAUUUCCUGAGCAAUACAGCCCCAUCUCCACUAGCAGCCCCAGCGAGGAGCACUGCGAUGUCAUCACCUGCAUUACCCCAGAGGGCUUCAGACCAUAAAGCAGCUGCCCCCAUCUGAUUCUGGACCACAGCUCCUCUCUGUGGCCAGGAUCAGACCUGAGAAAACCCUGCUGUGCUGACUCCCCUACAUUUCUGUUUGGCUACAGGGAGACGCACAUCAGACUUCCUGCUGAGCUGGAUAGGCUCAGGAUAUGUUAUGACUUGAUUUAAAGUGAGAAGUCUGUUGCUGGGAAGAAGGUAUAAUUUGAUCUACAUUUAGCUUUCACGCCAGGAGAGAAAAGGGAGCAAUGAAAAGACUGAAGCACUUGCUGGCCACUCAAGUUAUUAAGCUCCAGACUUUUAGGAAACCAACUCUUGUUUGGUUUAAUAUGGCUGCAAAAAUUCUAAGACAUUUCUAUUAUAGCAAAAGUAAAAUAUAAACACUGAGGUCCAGUGUUUAUAUUUUUACAGGAAAGUGUCAAAUUGAGUAAAAUGACCAGGUAACGUCCAUGCCUGAUAGUGUUUUUGCACCUUUUUAUGAGCAUACAUCUGUCAAGUACUGAACAUUUCCAGGCUAUUUGUGAGCUGCAGUCCACAUAAAUGAGCGCAUUAGAAACAGCAGCCUCACAGGUUCGGUGCGGCUCAGACCCAUAUACUGCUGGACACUAGUUUUCAGACCACCACAGGUCCUUCCUUUGAGCCAAGAAAACUGCUGAUUUCUAAAACAUUAUGACUAAACCCUAUUUGAAUGUUCAUAUGAUACUUUACUAUAAGGUUUCACUAUUUUUAUGCACUUUUUCUAACAAUCGAAACAUUUGUGCUUUAGUAGCAUUAAAGAACACAGCAGAAGCUGAUCUGGUGUGAAUAGAAGAUAGCUCCCACAGAAUGUGUAAUUUGCAAGAACCUUUUAUCUGAAGCUCCUGCAUAUUUCUUGAGACUGAGUCAUUCAAUAAGCACUCAGCCUCGAGCCCUCAAGGUUCACUUUGAAGACCGAGACCUGAUCUUUCAUCUGUGUCGCAUCAUUUCAGAUCACUACUAGGGCUUCUAACACAACAGGAAGGAUCACUCUUUAAAUAAGUCAGUUAUAACCAAGUGUCCCAAAAGAGAGCUCAUGUUGGGGGGGGCUGGCUCUAACAUUUACUUUGGCACAAAGUUAGAUAUUUCUAAAAAUCAGAACACUGCAGUGUUUAUCUUUAUUAUCAAAUAAUACUAAACCCUAUUCUUUAACUUGCUGACCAGGUUAGAUUUUCUGACUAUCAUUCAGUGUCUUUUGUCUGGCUCUGUUGGCCAUUAUCAUGUUUCUCUUCUAACCAUUGCCAGAAACAUUUUAAAUGUCUUUGCACUUCAUGUAAUGAUCCUACUUUUUAUAUGUGGUGAUUUACAAUAGUGUGUAAAACGGUUGGAUGUUGCCGGGUUUUUGUCCAGAAACGUUUUCACAAUAAAUGACUGGUGCACAGAC